AUGGUCACCUCAUCAUCUGCGUCUUCUUCGAAAACUGAAAAGAAGCCCAUCUCAAUUACGGCAAACAAAUUAAAACAAAAGAUGAAAGAAUUGAAAAAAUCAUCAUCGGGAACAGCAUCAACAACUAUUGGUAGCUCAGAGGAGUCUCCGAAAUUCCACAACAAGCAAAGAACACUUAUUUUGGCUUCUCGGGGUAUUCAUGCCAAACACAGACACUUGAUGAAGGAUUUACGUAAUUUAUUACCUCAUACCAAAACUGAAAGUAAAUUUUCAAAGGAAGGAUUAACUGAAGGAGAUUUAGUUAAAAAACUUCAUAGACUUCAAAAGAUUGAUCAUAUUGCGGCAGCAUUGAAAUGCCCAAAUAUCAUGUAUUUUGAAGUAGACAAGGAAUCUGCAGAAACUGAAUUGUUUUUAUGGAUUUCAAAGACAUCUAUUGGUCCCUCAAUGAGAUUCAAAGUUGAAAACAUUAGUACCAUGAAUGAGUUGAAUCUUAUCGGAAAUUGUUUGAAAUAUUCUCGACCUCUUCUUCAAUUUGAUAAAUCAUUCGAUGGAGAUGAAUCAGAACCAAAAACAAGCCACCUUCCUCUUAUCAAGGAAAUGUUGACCCAAAUGUUUGCCACUCCAAAUAAUCAUCCAAAAUCCAAACCAUUCUUUGAUCACAUUUUUGCAUUUUACUAUUUGGAUGGAAGAGUUUGGUUUAGAAAUUACCAAAUUGUCACCAAAACCUCAAGCAGCGGUAUUGCGUUGACUGGCUCUCAAAAGCAUGAAUAUUCACUUGUCGAAAUUGGACCAAGAUUUGUCCUUAAACUAACCAAAAUUCUCAAUGGCUCAUUUGAUGGACGUGUUAUCUACAACAAUGAUCCUGACUUUGUUUCAAAGGCCUACGUUCAAAGAAUGGAGAGCAUAAAUCUUGACCUUCAAAAGCAAAGAAAGACUGAGAAGCAUCAGAAAUACAUUGAGCUCAGAAAACCUCAAGAUGCUGACGAAGUGAGUUCCGUUUUUAAUUAA